AUGGAGCACGGCGAGCAGGAGCAGCACGCCAUGGACCUGCCGCCGGGCUUCCGCUUCCACCCCACCGACGAGGAGCUCAUCACGCACUACCUGGCCAAGAAGGUCGCCGACGCCCGCUUCGCCGCCCUCGCCGUCUCCGUCGCCGACCUCAACAAGUGCGAGCCCUGGGACCUGCCAUCGCUGGCUAGGAUGGGGGAGAAGGAGUGGUACUUCUUCUGCCUCAAGGACCGCAAGUACCCGACGGGGCUCAGGACCAACAGGGCCACCGAGUCCGGCUACUGGAAGGCCACCGGCAAGGACAAGGACAUCUUCAGGGGCAAGGCCCUCGUCGGCAUGAAGAAGACGCUCGUCUUCUACACCGGGAGGGCGCCCAAGGGCGACAAGUCCGGCUGGGUCAUGCACGAGUACCGCAUCAACGCCAAGCUCCACGCCGCCAGCACCAGCCGCGGCUCCCUCUCCGGCGGCAGGGCCGCAUCGUCCAGGAACGAGUGGGUGCUGUGCAGGGUGUUCAAGAAGAGCCUGCUAGGCGGCGUAGUGUCGUCGGCGCCGGCGUCGUCAGCAGCAAAGAAAAGCGGCGUGGGGACGAUGGAGGAGAUAGGGUCCUCCGUGGCCGCCGUCACCCCGCUCCCUCCGCUCCUGGACAUGUCCGGCUCCGGCGCCUCCUUCGUCGACCCGGCGGCGCACGUGACCUGCUUCUCCAACAACGCGCUGGAGGCGGGCCAGUUCUUCAACCCAACGGCGACGGGCGGCUGCGCCACGGACACGGACCACCACGGCCUAGCCUCAUCGUACUCCCCGUUGGCAAGCUUCACGCAGUACGGGGGCCAGCUGCACCACGGCGUGAGCCUGAGCCUGGUGCAGCUCCUGGAGAGCAGCGGGUACCACCGCGGUCUCGCCGACGACAUGGCGCCGUGCGGCAAUCAGCAGCAGCAGCCGGCGGCGUGUAAGGGCGAGCGGGAGAGGCUGAGCGCGUCGCAGGACACCGGGCUCACCUCCGACGUGAACCCCGAGAUCUCUUCCUCCUUCGGCCAAAAGUUCGACCACGAGCCCGCGCCGUGGGGCUACUGA